AGUAUCUUCGCGAAUAUCGAACGGAACGGACGUAUCUCUCUUCUGGCUCUGUGAUCUUAGGUUUUCAAUAGAUCUUGGGUGUGGAGCGAAGGCUAGGUGUCAAACACUAUACCCGAAUGAUUUGGCAGUGAUUUGUUUGACUUGAGCGACGCGUAAACAAAGCUAGAUGAUGAGGCCCCAAUUGGUGACGAUGGCCAUCGUCGUGGUGAUGGCUGCACUUUGCGCUUCGAGCACCGGUUCUGUGGUGGAAGUUCCCGAAGCAACCCAGGCAACUCCAUCUCCUCCAUCUCCACAUAACCGAAAAAUACAAACGCGAUCGCGCGGCAAUAGCUUCCGAGGUCUAGCGAUCACCACCACGACGAGUCCUCCAAAAAGUGAGAACUGCCACCAACUGAUGACCAGCCUGAACAAUCGCGUAAGCCUUUUGGCGACCUUGGACGGGGACCAGCGCCACCGCCUGGAAGUCAUCGAUAAGAAAUUAGAUCAGCUGGAGGACAGCGGUACAGCUCGAAUAGAAUCGAUUAAAGCCCAGCAAUUGGACUUCAAUUCACGAUUGGACAGCAUUGAACAAGUUCAGAAUCUUUCGAGAGAAACUCUGAACUAUAUUAAAGAACACUCGCGGCCUACGAGGGGUGUUUCGGAUCCUAUUUUGGAUGAACGCCUGGACGCCUUGGCCACACUUUUGACUUCCACUGCCCUGAGUGUGAGAUCAGUGCAGAUUGAAGUGGCCAAUCUUUCACGGGUUAUUAGGCGCCAGAAUCAUUUCCUCCAGAGAACGAGUCAUGGACCGAGUGCAGUUCAGCCGCCGAUCUUCUACGGACCCAGUGCAUUAGAUGGUGUCCAUCCGAACUAUCCCACCAUGCCCACCGGCUGCGAGUACUCGAACCUCGCUGCUCCGGGAAUCCUGAAGGUGAAGCUUACUCCGGAUUCCGAAUCCUUCUAUGUGUCAUGCGAACAAGAUUGGACUGUGAUCCUAAGGCGCAGCUCCGAUGAUGUGAACUUCGAGCGCGGCUGGCUGGAUUAUCGCGAAGGAUUUGGCAAUUUGGCUGCGGAUUUCUUCAUUGGGCUGAACAAACUGCAUGCCCUGACCUCUUCGACACUGCACGAACUGAGGAUCGUGAUGGAGGACUUUGCGGGCAACGAGGUGGAUGCGAACUAUGCCUCUUUUGCCAUUGGCAGCGAAAGCGAAUUGUAUCCCUUGACUAUAUUGGGCAAAUACCAGGAAAAUUUAACCAACUCGGCAGGGGAUUCCCUGUCCUACCAUGCUGGUGCCAAGUUUAGCACCGUAGAUAGCGACAACGACAAUUGUCUGGAGUGCAACUGUGCCAUGAAGCACAGGGGAGCUGGAUGGUAUAGUAACUGUGCCACCAGCAACUCGUUUGGCAAAUAUAUCCCCCAGGACCAGAACUAUGCUGAAGCUGGUGACACCGGAAUGUGGUGGGAUACCUUCCGAGGAGCAAAAUACUCCCUAAAGAAAGUUCGCUGGAUGAUACGCCCCGUUGCCGAUGGAUCGGAUGCGCUCAGGCGAUAGGAUGUAUCUGGAUAUAUCUAUAACUGCCAUCUCCGAAAUCAGGGAUAACCCACAAUCGAUUGCUUGCAUUUUAACUCUAGCCUAAGCUUUGAAUCUCUCUGUGCGUGUGUGUAAAAUAUUUAUGGAAAAUUACUUAAUGCCUAGCCGAUACAGUAA